UAUCCACUCGCUCCGCCCUCGAGCUAUGAAAGGUGCUCUGUGUGGGGUCCUGACACCCCGAGACGCCCGUGUCCUUCAGGCAGGCGGGCGGUCCCGGAGACAAAGUGCCUGCAGAGGCGGUGACGGCUGUGCGCCCACUCAACAUGAGCACAGGCUUUACCCGAAAAAGCCACACAUUCCUGCCCAAGAUCUUCUUCAGGAAAAUGUCAUCCGCAGGAGCAAAGGACAAGGCAGAGCUACAGUUCCCUUUCCUUCAGGAUGAAGACACGGUGGCCACGCUGCACGAGUGCAAGACACUGUUCAUCCUGCGCGGCCUGCCAGGCAGCGGCAAGAGCACGCUGGCUCGGUCCAUCGCGGAGAAGUACCACAACGGCACCAAGAUUGUGUCCGCUGAUACUUACAAGAUCACCCCGGGCUCCAGAGCAGACUUCUCCGAGGAGUACAAGAGGCUGGACGAGAGCCUGGCUGCCUACUGUCGCCGGGACAUCAGGGUUCUUGUCCUCGAUGACACCAACCACGAGCGGGAGCGGCUGGAUCAGCUUUUUGAAAUGGCGGACCAGUACCAGUACCAGGUGGUGCUGGUGGAGCCCAAGACGGCGUGGCGACUGGACUGUGCCCAGCUCAAGGAGAAGAACCAGUGGCAUCUGUCAGCCGAUGACCUCAAGAAGCUGAAGCCCGGGCUGGAGAAGGACUUCCUGCCGCUCUACUUUGGCUGGUUCCUGACCAAAAGGAGUUCCGAGACCCUCCGGAAAGCUGGCCAGGUCUUUCUAGAGGAGCUGGGAAAUCACAAGGCCUUCAAGAAGGAGCUUCGACACUUUAUUUCUGAGGAUGAACCCAAGGAGAAGCUUGAGCUGGUCAGCUACUUUGGGAAGAGACCCCCAGGCGUGCUGCAUUGCACAACCAAAUUCUGUGACUACGGCAAGGCCACCGGGGCAGAAGAGUAUGCCCAGCAGGAUGUGGUGAAGAGAUCUUACAGCAAAGCCUUCAAGCUGUCCAUCACCGCCCUCUUUGUGACACCCAAAACGGCUGGGGCCCAGGUGGUGCUGAAUGAACAGGAGCUGCUCCUGUGGCCCAGUGACUUGGACAAGCCAUCUUCCUCCUCCGAGACCUUGCCCCCAGGGAGCCGAGCUCACAUCACCCUAGGCUGUGCAGCUGAUGUGCAGCCGGUGCAGACAGGCCUUGACCUCUUAGAGAUUUUGCAGCAGGUGAAGGGGGGCAGCCAAGGCGAGGAGGUGGGUGAGCUCUCCAGGGGCAAGCUCUAUUCCUUGGGCAAAGGGCGUUGGAUGCUGAGCUUAGCUAAGAAGAUGGAGGUCAAGGCCAUCUUCACGGGGUAUUAUGGGAAGGGCAAACCUGUGCCCAUACAUGGCAGCCGGAAGGGGGGUGCCAUGCAAAUCUGUACCAUCAUCUGAGGGUUCACACCACUGUACCCCUUCUGCUCUUUAGAAGGGAGAGGGGUGGAUAAGGUAGCAAUGCCUUCCACUUGAUUUUUAAGAUUUUUUUUUUU